AUUCAAUGUUAAUAGGGAUUGAUUAUACAUUACAGGACUAUCGACAUUAUUUUGUUGAUAAAUAAGGGUUUGUUGUAAUAGGAGGAUCGGAGAGUUCACUGUCAAAAUUUAGAGCUGUGGCAAGAAGCCUAAAGGUGCAAAUCAAGGGCAAUAUGGCAGAAAAUGAUAAUUUGAUGACAGAAAUAGAUCAAUCAUUGAUCUGUCUUGAAAGAGCUAUCACAGAUAGUGAAAUCAGUAAUGGAGAUACUUUGAUAUUGAAUAGGGAAGACGGAUCCAAAAUCCUUCACUGCAUUGAGAAAUCAAAAAGGAUACUUCAAGAGGAACAACCGAGCGGAACAAAGAAAAAUGCGUUACAUGAAAUGACCAGUUAUCAAGGGAAGAAGAAAACUGUUUAUAUCUAUAUUGAUGGUACUGAAAAAAAUCUCGAGAAAAUAAUUAAAGUAGAAUUCUCCAAACUUUUGUCAAAAAUGCUCAUAACUUGUGUAUCACUUAAGGGAAAUGUGCACCUUAAAGGCGAAUAUCCCCUGAUUGUUCUUUGUCCAACUAACUCUAGACUACUGUCAGACAUUGAAUUUGUCCUUGAACAAUUGAAACAAUUUUCAUUACCUGGAAGAUUUGCACUUGCUGUUAUCAAUAUGACAAGAGUAAAUGAUCUUCCGCGAUUGCCAAUUGAAAGCAGACUUGAUACGGGAGUCUAUAGCAACAUACAUUUUAUUGAUAUGGCUUUCACGAUGGAACAUCUAAUGUAUGAUUGCAGCAUGAACAGGGAAGCAACAAAGAAAAUUCAAUCUUUCGUAAACAGUAUGUAUCAACAAGAGCGACCAGAAAUUCCUACAUGUUACUCCUGUUGGAACCCAUUUCGAUAAUGCAGUUACUUUGUAUCAUGAUACUACCCCCCCUCAACCCCCCAAUAAAAAAAACAAAACAAAAAAAAAACAUUUGUGUCGCCUUUUCAGAAUUGUAUAGGGGCGAUAUAUAUGAAUCACUUCUCCGUUGUCUGUAUGUCUUUCCGUCUUUCUAUCCAUACAAUUUUUUUUGGACUACUCAAAUACUUCUGGGGCAAUUUCAUCCAAACAUUACAGAAAUGAGCAGUACUGAGUCGAAUUGCGCAUAAUUUCAGUGAUUUCCGUUUCAAUGAUUUUUGUCAGAGUUAUGGCUCUUUGAUUCCUUUUUAAUUAAAGUGUGUCUAGACUACUCCUCUUAUACCCCUAAUGAAAUUUCCUUGGAACUUUACAAGAAUAAAUGGUAGCUCAGGUGCUUGUGCAUUUUACAUGGGUUUUCCGUUUGAAAGAUUUUUGACCGAGUUAUGACCCUGAAAUAAAAAAGUUAUUUUUUUUCGUGUUGUCAGCUACACAGAAGCUUUUCUGGACAACUCCUCAGAAACUACUGGUGCGAUUUUAUAAAAACUUUACAGAAAUAAUAAAUUACAAGUCAAGUUGUACAUAUCAUUGACAUUAUUUAGUUCAGUGAUCUUUAUUAAAGUUAUGUCCUUUAAUGGUUUUUUUUUUAAAUGUGUCCGCUCGUCUUAUAACAAAAAUGCAGUUUCAAUGAAACUUUACAGGAUUGAUCGGUAGAUAAACAACUUGCGAAUAUUACACGGAUUUUCUGUUUGAAUUUAUUUUGCUGAGUUAUGGUGUGUAUUAAAUACAAACGCGUUUUGUCCUGUUAAUGUUUUUGUGUCUCCCGCUUCACAGUAACUACAACAUGCAAUUGAUUUUAUUGAGGCUCUUGUUUAUUGAAGGGCAAUAACUCAGGGCCAUAAAUUGAAGAAGCGAUACCAAAAUGACACAUUCAAGCGGCAUGAAAUAUCUCAAUUAUAGUUAUAAUCAAUUAUAAGAUUUCUGUAAAAAUGUACUUGAUUUUUAAAUGUGAAUGACUUGAGUUUAUAUCAAAAUUGAUAACAUUAUCUUUCCCGAUAUGACAAUUGAAGUAAUUUGUGAACAACUGGUCAUUACUUCCAUUUAUAGAUUCUUUGCCAUUUUGUUUUUGGAUACAUAAAAACGCUUAACUUAAUAAGCAUAGAAAAUACCUCCUUGUUAUCCUAUGGAAACAUUACGUUUGUUAACGUUAUGGUCUUGUUGUAUGUCUAAUAGAAGGGGAGCUUGUAUUUUCAAAGUCUAUAAAAAGUCCAUGAACAGAUUAAUUGUAGUCAAAUAAUUGAAAUGCUUAAUUAAGUGUUUAAAUGAAGUUAAAGAAAAAUGAUAUAUUUGUUAGGAUUGAAGAACAAUGUGUUCUUUUAACUGAAUGAUAUAUUAAUGAACCAAAAAUAUUGCUUUUUUCUGUCUAAUUCAAUAUAUUAAUGCAAAUGAAACAAAAGUACUCGUGUUUUGUAA